CUUUCUCAUCCUUUCCGCUGCUGCCGUCUUCGUCUGUUGAGAUAACAAAGAUCUUCUGUUUACCUCGGUCGUUUAAACAACAUUCAAACAGACAACAUGUCAGGUGAUGAGGCUGCCCCUGUUGUUCCUCCCGUUGCUGAGCCAGCGGCUAUCCCAGAGGAUAUGGAUUUGUUGACUGCAUUGGAGUUGACUCUGAGGAAAGCUCGUGCUCAUGGUGGUGUUGUUCGUGGUCUCCAUGAGAGUGCUAAGCUUAUUGAGAAGCGUGUGGCUCAGCUAUGUGUCUUGGCUGAAGACUGCAACCAGCCUGAUUACGUCAAGCUUGUUAAAGCUCUCUGUGCUGAUCACAACAUCAAUUUGCUUACUGUUCCAAGUGCCAAGACCCUCGGUGAAUGGGCUGGUCUCUGCAAGAUUGAUUCUGAGGGUAAUGCCAGGAAGGUUGUUGGGUGCUCAUGUCUUGUUGUCAAGGACUACGGCGAGGAGACAACCGCUCUCAAUAUCGUCAAGAAGCAUAUUGAAUCUCAAUAAAUUUCAUGAAGCAUUUCUAAACUCGAAUGAAUUUCAGAUGUUUAUCAUCCCAGUGCUGUUUUCUCUUGGUUUUGAUAUUGAAUAUUUAGCGGACAUCUGUUGAGAUUUGUUUGGAACAUGUUAAAGUUUUGUUGUUAUCUAGGCUCUACUCUUCCUAAGGCCAAAUUUGCUUGAGCUUUUUUUUU